AUGGUCACCACCUUCACUAACCUCCCGCGCAUCUGGAACAAGUUCCAGGCUUAUUUCAGGAGUGCCUCACCACCUGACUCUGUCGGUGACGACGCCCACUCUGAGGACGAUGCUGCUCAAUCCGAUUCGUCAGAGAGUCGAGAAACAGAAACGACCACGUAUACUGUAACAGAGAGCACACCUCCAGCGGCAUCAGAAAUACAAACGGACGAGGUCGAACCCGAACCACUGCCCCCCGACGGUCCGUCUCUACCUUCGCCGCUGCCCUACCUCACGUAUCCCGUAGUGGUAAUGACCACAACACUACCUGCCACCGAAACUUCACUCCGCCCUUCCCUCACGGAGACCCUAGAGGCAAUAGCGACAAGCACAUCCGACCAACCAUCCCCCGAACCGACCGCUGCGUCAGCAGCAGCACUCGCAAACCACACGAAUUCACGCACCUUCACCAUUCGUGUCCACCCCUGGUACAACGACGUCCUCAGAGUCAUAUUCUUCAUCCUCGGCGCCCUCAUCUGGCUCACGUUGCGGGCCCUUUGGGCGUCGUUUCGCCGCGCGAGGCGGGCGUGGCGGCGCUUGCAGGAGCACACGCGGGCGUACGAUGAACUGGUCGCGGAGAACGAGGCCCAGGUCGGCCCGGGCGCGGUCAUGCAGCCCAUGUUCAACCCGCAUCGCAAUCGCUGGUGA